CCUGUAUAAGUGACUAUCUUUUGAUCAGUAAUGUUUAAUUUCAGAGACUCCUUGAUAUUGUGUAUCAUCAACCCGGCCACAAGCAUCUUCUCUGGAGCGGUUAUUUUCUCAGUUCUUGGACACAUGGCUCAUGUGAAGGAAGUCGAAGUAGCCGAUGUAGUUAAAUCAGGCCCAGGCCUAGCAUUUCUUGUGUAUCCCGAAGCAGUUCUUCAGCUCCCAUUAGCCCCUUUGUGGUCAAUUAUGUUUUUCAUUAUGCUACUGGUUCUUGGUAUUGAUAGCCAGUUCUGUACUGUAGAAGCUCUAAUUACUGGUAUAGUGGAUGAAUGGGCGUCUGUAUUACGACCUCGUCGCAAGCUCUUCACUAUCUGUGUCAUAAUCUUCUUAUUUUUAAUGGGAUUACCCAUGGUGACAGAGGUAAGUCAUUAUCACCUUCAACUUUCAAUACAUCCCACAUACGUACAUAUACGCACUCACUUAUACCAUACCUUCAUUGCCUAUAUCUCACACACGCACACACAUAUUCUCAUUGACUUAUAACACAGCAAGAAAUUU